UAAAAAACACCAUUCUCUUCUUCUUCUUCCACUUCAAUGGCUUCCCAAAAUCCUAUCUUCUUCUUUCUCUUUCUCUUGUUAUUCUUCUUCUCCUCUUCAAUAAUCAAAGCCAAGCUUGAUCUCCACCCUUCAGACCUCACCGCCUUUAGAACCCUCCAAAGAGACCUUGGUCUCAAUGCACUUUUAGUCAACGGUCAACGCUUCCACCCAUGCACCAUCGACGGUGUGUUCUGCGAGAGAAGGCUCUCCACCUACGUCCUCCGCAUCACGCGCCUUCUUUUCACCUCCAAGAAUCUCAAUGGAACCCUCUCUUCCGCCAUUGGACACCUCACUGAACUUAAAGAACUCUCUCUAUCUGAUAACCACCUCGUUGACCGCAUCCCAAACUCCAUAGUCAACCUCAAGAAGCUCGAAAUCCUCGACCUCCGUGGCAACGGCUUCUCCGGCGAAGUCCCGCCUCGCCUUUCUUCCCUUGCAAGGCUCCGAGUCCUCGACGUCUCCUCCAACAAACUCUCCGGCAACCUCAACUUCCUCAAGUAUUUUCCGAACCUGGAAAAGCUAAACGUCGCCGACAACCUCUUUGUUGGUCGUGUCCCGGUGUCUGUUCGCUCGUUUCGGAACCUCAGACACUUCAACUUCUCCGGCAACAGUUUCCUCGAAGGCUCGACGCCGAUUGUUCCACGACGCUUCAUCUUCGCCGAGGACGACGGAGAGAGCAACGACGGCAUAACCGCUCUCGCGCCAUCUCCGAGAUCAAACAAAAGGAGGAGGAGGAGCUACUUUCCCAGCGCUUCUUCUCCGGCUCCCGGACCGGCACCUCACCACCACCACAAUCACAGGAGAAAGAUUCUGGGAUGGAUCCUCGGUUUUCUGGCCGGAGCAUUUGCAGGAAUAAUAUCCGGUUUCAUAUUCUCAUUGCUUUACAAACUGACAAAGGCAUUACUGAAAAGAGGAGGCAAAGGCGCUGGCCCUGAUAUCUUCAGCCCUCUGAUCAAGAAAGCCGAGGAUUUGGCAUUCUUGGAGAAAGAAGAUGGUUUGGCGAACUUGGAACUCAUCGGAAAAGGUGGCUCCGGCGAGGUUUACAAGGCGGAGUUACCAGGAAGCGACGGAAAAAUGAUUGCCAUAAAAAAAAUCAUACAACCACCGAAGGAUGCGAGUGAAAUGGCGGAAGAAGAGAGCAGAGAUUUGCAUAAAAAGAUGAGACAAAUCCGGUCGGAAAUCAACACAGUCGGCCAUAUCAGACACCGGAAUCUGUUACCCCUUCUUGCUCAUGUUUCCCGCCCUGAUUCUCACCUCUUGAUUUAUGAAUACAUGAAGAAUGGAAGCUUGCAAGAUUUGUUACACAGAAUUCAAGAGGGAAAUCAGGAACUGGACUGGUUAUCAAGGCACAAGAUCGCCAUUGGAGUAGCUUCUGGACUUGAGUACCUUCACAUGAGUCAUAGUCCAAGAAUCAUUCAUAGAGAUCUCAAACCAGGAAACAUUCUUCUUGAUGAUGAUAUGGAAGCUAGGAUCUCCGAUUUCGGUCUUGCAAAAGCAAUGCCUGAUGCUCAAACUCACAUUACUACUUCCAAAGUUGCGGGUACAGUUGGUUACAUUGCACCAGAGUAUCACCAGAUUCUUAAAUUCACUGAUAAGUGUGACAUUUUCAGCUUUGGGGUGGUGCUUGGAGUUUUAGUGACCGGAAAACUUCCCUCUGAUGACUUCUUCCAACACACGGAUGAGAUGAGUAUAGUGAAAUGGAUGAGGAAGGUUAUCAUCUCGGAGAAUCCAAAGGAAGCCAUUGAUGAGAAGCUUCGUGGGAAUGGUUUUGAGGAGCAAAUGCUUCUUGUUCUUAAGAUUGCAUGCUUUUGCACUAUGGAUGAUCCUAAGGAGAGACCUAAUAGCAAGGAUGUUAGGUGUAUGUUAACUCAAAUCAAGCAUUGAUGACAUGAAUCUCUCUUAAAUAAAGUGAAAAAGAAACAAAGGACUAGAUUCUCUCUAUUUCUAAUGUAUUAUAAUAUGUUUGGGUAAAAUUGUAUUUUUCUAGCAAGUGUAAUGAACAAAUAUAAUGAUAGUGUUUUCUUUAUAACAUAAUGUUAAUAAACUAGCAUUGUGAUUGUGAGCCUAA